UCAGUUAUUGUAAAUCUUAGACAAAGCAAUUUUAGCAAUGUUACCUUUAUCCUUAUUAAAGACGGCUGUGAACCAUCCCAUGCUGGUGGAAUUGAAGAAUGGAGAAACGUAUAACGGACAUCUGGUUAACUGUGAUAAUUGGAUGAAUAUUAAUCUGAGGGAAGUCAUCUGCACUUCGAGAGACGGCGACCAUUUUUGGAAAAUGCCGGAGUGUUACAUACGAGGCAGCACAAUCAAGUAUCUACGAAUCCCCGAUGAAAUUAUCGACAUGGUAAAAGAAGAAAAUUUCUCUAAAGGUCGCGGAAGAGGGCGAGGUCCAAGGGGUCGUGGAGGAGGUCCGAAUAGAGGUGGAUUUGGAGGUCGUGGAAGGUCACAAGGGGGAGGACGUGGAGGCCAGGGAGGGAAAAAACCACAAAGACCCAAACCCCAAGAGUGAUAAAGGGGAAUCAAUUUGAUGUGUCUGUUUGGAGGAGAAACUACUACAAGUCAUUCUUGUGUGGUUACUGAAAGAAAUUCUCGUCUGAUAAGUUGACUUGAUCAUUUAUUCACAUACCACUAGCUCGUGGCUCGAUUUAUGAUUAGUUUUUUUGCUAAAUAACCAUUCAAAGUUGAGUCUCAUUUACCUCUGAUUGAGUGCCCAUAAUGCACCAUUAUAUUUUUCCCAUUCAGUAAAAAAUAACAUACGAAAUUAACGAAAUACAAAACUGAAAACACAUUUUUACUGGGGAAGGGAAGUCGCGGGGAACCAGGAAUGGUUAUCGAGCAGCGACACCCGACAUUAUGAUUCUAUAUUGUUCCAGUAGCUUUGACUUUUUUAGUGAUUGCACAUAACUUCACUCAGAGAUGAGUUUACUUUACUUUUUGGUGAGUGCCCAUAGUGCUUCAUGAUUCUAUAUAUUUUUAGUGGUCGCUUUCUGCGAUUGCACAUGACUUCGCUCAGAGGCGAGUCUUCUUUACUUUUGAGAGAAUUCUUU